UUCAGCAACACACAGACAGCAGCAGACGGCUAAACAACGGACACACUUGGUGCCGGGGAAAUAAGAGGCUGGGGGGUCCAAACAACAAAACAGCAAGUGUCCCACUGAAAGGCGGAACCAGCUAGCUUGUCAUGGCAGAUGUUGGGGAGGUUUUGAUGUCGGUUUUGUCCACAAUUCGGGUUCCGAAGCCCGGGGACCGAGUCCACAAAGACGAAUGCGCCUUGUCAUUUUCCUCGCCGGAAAGUGAAGGAGGCCUGUAUGUGUGCAUGAACAGUUUCCUGGGCUUUGGGAGUCAGUAUGUGGACAGACAUCAUGCUCGGACUGGACAGAGAGCUUACUUCCACAUCACCAGGACUCGAAAGGCGAAGAAGGAGGACGACAAUAACUCUGGAUCUGGGCACCCACCGAAGAAAAAGCCCACCAGAUUGGCUAUAGGGAUUGAAGGAGGUUUCGAUGUGGAGCAGGAGCAGUACGAGGAGGAUGUCAAGGUGGUCAUUUUACCUGACAGACAGGAAAUCACAUCAGAUGACCUUGCUACCAUGCCAGAUGUUGUGAAAGAGCGGGUGUCCCUGUCGAUGGCUGGUAUCAUGACAGCAGACUCAGUUUCUCAUACCUUACAAGUUCAGCAGUGGGAUGGAGAGGUGAGACAGGAGUCUAGACAUGCUGCUGACCUUAAACAGCUUGACAACGGAGUCAAGAUCCCUCCCAGUGGCUGGCGGUGUGACGUUUGUGACCUCCAGGAAAACAUUUGGAUGAACCUGACCGAUGGCAAAGUCCUGUGUGGUCGCAGGUAUUUUGAUGGCUCUGGGGGCAACAACCACGCCCUUCUCCACUUCCAGCAGACAGGAUAUCCACUGGCUGUUAAACUCGGUACCAUCACUCCUGAUGGAGCAGAUGUGUAUUCCUACGAUGAGGAUGACAUGGUGCUGGAUUCAAAGUUACCAGAGCACUUAUCUCAUUUUGGCAUCAACAUGAUGACCAUGGAGAAGACUGAGCGAACGAUGACGGAGCUGGAGAUUGCUGUGAACCAGCGUGUGGGGGAGUGGGAGGUGAUCCAGGAAUCAGGGACCACCCUCCGACCCAUGUUUGGCCCUGGCUUGACUGGCAUGAAGAACCUGGGCAACAGCUGCUACCUCAACUCGGUCAUGCAAGUGCUCUUCACCGUUCCAGACUUCCAGAGCAAGUACGUGUCUAACAUUGACAAGAUCAUUGAUGAAGCCCCAAGCGACCCCACCCAGGACUUCAAAACCCAAGUAGCCAAGCUGGGCUACGGUCUGUUGUCAGGAGAGUAUUCCAAACCGGCACCAGACCCUGGAGAUGAGAAUGGUGCAUCUGAACCCAGGGGAGACCAAAUUGGCAUUGCACCACGAAUGUUCAAAGCACUUGUUGGGCGGGGCCACACAGAGUUCUCAACCAAUCGACAGCAGGAUGCUCAGGAGUUUUUGUUGCACUUCAUAAACAUGGUGGAGAGGAACUGUCGCUCUGGCUCAAACCCAUCCGAGGCCUUCCGGUUCCUGGUGGAGGAGAAGAUCGUGUGUCAGCAAUCACAAAAAGCCAAGUACACACAGCGGGUUGAUUACAUCGUCCAGCUCCCUGUGCUGAUGGACCAGGCUACAAACACAGAAGAGCUCCAUGAGGCAGAGCGCCGGCGUGAGGAGGGGGACUCAUCAGCUCCUACAGUGCGCGCACAAAUCCCCUUCACAGCUUGCAUGGCGGCUCUCAGUGAACCAGAGAUCCUCACAGACUUCUGGAGCUCAGCUGUGCAGGCAAAGACGACUGCCACCAAAACAACCCGCUUUGCCUCUUUCCCAGACCACCUGGUCAUCCAGAUUAAGAAAUUCACCUUUGGUCUUGACUGGGUGCCCAAGAAACUGGACGUGAGCAUUGACGUUCCUGACACUCUGGAUCUGAGCGCACUACGUGCAACCGGCCAGCAGCCAGGGGAGGAGCUUUUACCAGAGGUGGCCCCGCCCCCACUCAUGACACCAGACGUGGAGGUUAAAGGUAUCCUGGGUUUCCAUGGCAACGAGGAGGACGACUCGCUCUACUCCCCACUGCUGUCUCCAGUCCUGGAUGACUCCACGGUGUCCCAGUUAUGUGAAAUGGGAUUCCCUCUGGAGGCCUGCAGGAAAGCGGUGUACUACACUGGGAACACUGGAAUUGAUGCCGCCAUGAAUUGGAUCAUGAGCCAUAUGGAUGACCCAGACUUCUCUGCCCCCCUGGUCUUGCCAGGCUGCAGCUCCGGCCCGGGGACCACGCCCACAGAGAGCCUCUCCGAGGAGCACCUGGCAACUAUUGUCUCCAUGGGCUUCAGCCGAGAUCAGGCAACCAAAGCACUACGAGCCACGAGUAACAUCCUGGACCGGGCUGUGGACUGGAUCUUCUCCCACCUGGACGACCUGGAGUCCAUGGAUGUGUCUGAAGGCGGUCGCUCAGCCGCAGAGAGCGAGGGUGGCAGGGACCCUCCCCCGGGGCCCCGCGUCAGAGACGGACAGGGCAAGUAUGAGCUGUUUGCGUUUGUCAGUCAUAUGGGGACAAGCACAAUGUGCGGCCACUAUGUCUGUCACAUCAAGAAGGAUCAGCAGUGGGUGAUCUUCAACGAUCAGAAGGUUUGUGCUUCUGAGAAACCUCCCAAAGACCUGGGAUACCUCUACUUCUACCGGAGAGUGGCAGAUUGAGACGAAGGAGUGAUACACUUCGGGUGAAUUUAAGGAGAAAUGUGGACGCUAACACAAACACACACACACACACGACAACAUUCAUAGCUUCACCCCACCAAGCUUCUUACAAAGACCCUGGCACGCUUCAAAACUGACAGAUGUGUAAAUAAGUCUCUCAGAUUGCAUAGACCGUGUUCACAGUUGAAUAAAUGGAUGCAGAUGUACAGAUAAGGUGUUGGGGCUGGGGGAGGGCUUUCUUUUGAUUGUAAGAUUACAAACAAUGGGCCUGUUGUUGGAAGCUGAUUCUGUUACUUAUCUGGACAACUAGGCUGAAUAAAACUGAGAGCUAACUGAAAUCUAUUAAAACCUCUGUUCAAACUUGGCAAAUGUAUCCACGUAAUUCAUCAAACCUGCUCCAGAGACCAGACCUCAGACAUCAGAGUGACUUUGGCUGCUGAGUCCACUCACUCUUUAUAAAAAUGGUUCCUUAGAUAUCAUUGUUAAUCCAUGUCCUGACUAUUGAUUUUCACUGCCGUCAGUAGUCACUGCCUCUCCCUGUCAGCACGUCCGCUUCCUGCCCACUCUUCUCUUAUUGGACGGUUGCACUUAGGUGUCACCAGUUUACCUCGGCACCACCUCUUCCUCUUGCCGUUUCUGUGAGGAAGUAAAACUGUAUUAUCCCUGAUAAGAGGCAAUGUCAGUAAAUCAAACGAAUAAAAAAAAGAGCUCAAAUGUGUGUUUAAAAGAAGGAAAGAAAAAAAGAGGAAAAAAAACACUGAAUCAACUUGUAUUUUUCUUAAGUUUGGUGAGGUUGAUAUCUGGGUAAUGUUUAGCUUUAUUUUGUUUUUAUUUUGCAAACAAAUCCUUUGUUACUUUUGCUGUGACAAAUAAAAAAUGUCUCUCUGUCA